CGUCUACGUGAACGAAAAAUUGCCGGCUAAUGCACAGCAAGAGCAGAGAACGGCAGCCACCGUACCAAUGCGCUCUCCUUGCUUUUUUCUUGGUACAAUCACCGACCGGCACGUAGAUCUAUAUAAAUGGGAAUUGCAAGCUCGUACGCUGCAGCACUCGGACCUCCGCCGUAGGUUCCGCAGCUUCGAGACAGUCUUAUCAUCUACCUCGCCGGGAUUUUUUACCCUCGCGAUUCCGCCGCGAUCGCGUAACGCAACGUCGACGUCCGGUGCGAGGAGGAAGCAGACAGGAAGUACCGCGGUCCCGCGUCUCGUUUCUCCUUUCGACGACUCUUCAUCGAACACGACGAGAAGAUGCUUUGGAUAGACGGCAGCAUGAUCAAUCAUCGCCGUAUCAGCCCGCGCGUCUACCUGGCGUUGGUGAUCUGCGCGCUGUCGAUCAUUAACACGAUCAACGCCGCCGCGGCCACCGCCUCCAUGGACAGCGCGAACACGUGGACGGAGUUCUCGACCUCGUGCGCCGCCGAGGACGCGAAGAACGUGUCGGUUUCCUGUCACGGGGUGCGAAUCGUCCGGAAGAUCGUGCAGCAGCUGCUCGACACCACCACCAAGGAGCGGAACAUUGAACUGUUCGAGGGCGUGAGCUUGGUAGACGUACCCGGAAGUUCCCGAAAGGCCAGGGUGCUGAAGGGCUUUGGCACUCUCGGACCCUUCUUGCAGUUCCUGGAGGGAAGGGAACUGCGGGUGAAACUACCCUCCCUGUUGCCUCCCAACAUCGAGAGCGCCCUGAAGGAGAGCCUGCCGUCCGAGGCCGAAGCGAGGAAGGAGGGAGGCGGUUUGGGCGGUUUUGGCGGCGGUGGUGGCGGUGGUGGCAAGAAAGGCGGCGGCGGCGGACUCCUCCUAAUGGCUCUCAUGAUGGGUAAGAUGAUGGCCGCGAUGGGCUUUGGCGCGUUGGGUCUCCUGGCCAUGAAGGCGCUGAUGGUCUCGGCCAUGGCCUUGAUGCUAUCGCUGAUCAUAGCUGUGAAGAAGCUGACGAGCGGCGGCGACGAUCACGGUGGUCAUCACGUCGUUUACGCGCAGGACGUCGGCCAUCAUCAUCGCAAGAAGAGAUCGAUUGAUGAUGAUGAUGACUCCACACUGCUGCCCUACCGGGGAUACGCCAAUCUCUACGCUAACUUACGGGCGUCCUGAUGCCUUCGCUGAUUGCAGCAUCGACCGCGCGGAAUUGAACUGACUGCUCCAAAAAUCUAUUGACUCUCCUAGCGCCUCUUGAAGCUCUUUUCUUUAAAGAUAGACCACGGACAGACCCGACGUUGACAGUGGCGCGCCGAGACGAUUGCAUAAUUCAUUCAUAUCACAUUUGUAUCAUCGCCUCCCUCAUCACUUUUCUCGCUCAUCUCUCUAACGCGACGCGCGCCUCUUUCAACGUGGUCCCCUUGUCCGGCUUUUCUCCUGGCCGUAAAACCGCAAACGUCAGUCGCGGUAGGAGGGUUAAUGGGCGCUGGAGGAUGACCGAUGACGAGAACGUGACGCGAAAUCAGUGACAGUGACGUCGACGAGACGACAGUGACCGAGGAACUGACGAUUGACAGCUACGGUAGAAAGUGAUGCUUGAUGCGCAUCAAGCCGCAUCUGCCGCUCACGACAAAAAUGUGAUAUUCGAUUCCUUCUGGCCCAUACCCCGACCCGCAACCACGACAGGACUCUCUUUCUCUCUUUCUGUUUCUCUCUCGAGUGAACAAACAAUUACAGACAACGCAGCGACGCAAGCUUCGACGCAAGAAACCAAAGUACGUUGUUCGAUUUUUUUAUUUAUUUAUUUAUUUUUCUACACACUGUAUUUAUUAUUGCAACACACGCAUACACACCCACACACACACACAUACACACACAUUAAUAAAGCAAACGUGCUUGAAGGAUACCAUGUCUGCACUUAUUAACGUCCCGAUCGAGGCGCGAUCCUCGAUAUUAUUUAUCAUUAAUUUCAUGAAAGGAAGAAUGUAUCAUAUAAUUAUAAUUUAUACUUUUAUAAUUGAAAAACUUUGUAACGUUCAUAUGUUUACAAGCACAUACUAUAAAUUAAAACUGGAUUUAAACUA